UCUUGAGCAUUAGUUGAAAUUCUAGAGUCUUUGGAUUAGUUGUUUUAUUCUAUCUUUUAUACUUUCUAGAUUUAAAACUUUGUUAAUAUUGUUGUUUGGAGAGAUUAGUGUUUUGAUUUUGGAAUUGUGAGGGAACGUGACAUAAACGGAAUUAAUUCCAACAGUUGUUCAAAAAUUAUAGUGCUAAUUAGUGAAAAUCAUUCUAAACCAUUCAACUUAUAACUGCUAUUUUUACGGUGAACAUUUUAAAUAAAUAUUAAUAACCAUGAGGAACUCACUUCUCGAAGAGUUGGAAGCAAAUGGCUAUGCAGUUAUUGAGGACUUUUUAAAACCCGAUGAGAUAGAACAACUACUAGAGGCUGGUAAAAAAUUAUGUUUAGAAGCUCCACAGGAAGAUCGCAAAGUUUUCAGUGGUGUAAAUUCAGACAAAGCACAAAGCCGAGAAAAAUAUUUUAUUGAAUCCGGCGAUAAAGUACGUUACUUUUUUGAAGAAGGUGCAAUCGAUGAAAAAGGCGAGCUCAAACUGGAUCCACUAAACGCUCUCAACAAGGUUGGACACGCGCUACAUACUGAUAUCCCUGUUUUCCAAAAUAUUACGUGCUGUGAUCGUGUUCGUGAAAUAUGCUGGCAAUUGGGCUACAAACGACCUGCUGUUCCACAAAGCAUGUACAUUUACAAAAAUGCGGGAAUUGGAGGCGAAGUAAUUCCACACCAGGAUGCAUCUUAUUUAUUCACUGAGCCAAAUUCGACCCUCGGAUUCUGGAUAGCAUUGCAAGAUGCCACACAACAAAAUGGCUGUCUUCAAUUUAUAAAAGGAUCUCAUAAAAGUGGUGUUCAUAGAAGAUAUAUACGUAAUCCGGACACGAAGUCAGAGGAGCUUCUCGUAUACGACCGGGCUGCACCAAUUUACCCGCAGUCAAGUUUCACCCCACUACCAGUUAAUGCAGGUACUCUUGUUCUCAUCCAUGGAAACGUUGUUCACAAGAGUGAUUUAAAUCGAUCAAACAAAAGUCGGCAUGCUUACACGUUCCACAUAGUUGAAACACAAAAUACUAAGUGGUCUGAAGAAAAUUGGUUGCAGCCACCAAAAGACAAAGAAUUUCCAAUAUUUUACGAAGCAGAAUAACCGAAUAGUCUAAAUUAUUUUCAAGAGAAACAACGUAUUUUUAUUAAUAUUUUUUUGUAUUCGACGACAAAAUAAAAUAAAGAAAAAUAUUUCGAAUAA